CUGUUGAAUAUGAAAAAGCUAACAGAGGACAGUAUAGCAAUUUCUUUUGUCAACUAAACGGAGAGAAAUUCAUUUCUACGGCUGUUCCAGUGGUAAAUAUCUACAGGAAAUUGGGCAGUGGGAAUUUUACGCAGCAAAAUAUAAUAUCACUCGGAACCUUGUUGUAUCUGACGUUGACGUUGGAGAAACAUUCGCCUGCUCAAUUCACGACGUAAACGGAUGUUGGUCAGAGUCUCUUACGGCUGACGGAGAAUUCACCCAACCAGAGCUUCGUAGUUCCCCCGUGGUAACCAGAAGGAGUAAUGAAUCCAUCACCCUCAUGUGGGAUGCCUGGGAUGCAGAAACAGAUAUAGGUGAUCCUCCACUACAGAGAUACCGUAUCUAUUUUUAUAGAGUCAACGAUGCAGAGGAACAGGAGCAAGAAGUGACUUCACGAUCUGAUCCUCUAGCUCCAUCUGAGACAGUGACUGGUCUAAGUCCGGAUACAGACUAUGUGUUUGCUGUAGCAGCAGUUAGACCAGGUGUUGGGGGCCAGGGACCUCGAUUGGAAGUCCAAGGUACAACAAAAUGCUCACCGCCCUUUGGUUUAGUGCAGUCUAUCAACGUGUCAUCAUCUUCUCUAUCUCGAACACUGAACAUCAAGUGGAAGCUAAUAGAUGCCAUCUUUGUGACAUCUGUGUUGAUAUACGCUACUAUCAGAAUGUAG